GUGCGCAGGCAGAAGCCCAGGCGGAGGCUGAACGGGACUCGGGCGGAGGAGUCUGGCCGUCGGGCCUCCGUUCGUAUCUCUGCAUGGAAAUUGAAGUGACGGCCUCUCCCGCCGUAGUCCCCUACCGUAGUGUUGUUGUGGGUCUUAUCCCCUGCUGUUCGGUGUGCGAAUCACGGUGUGCUUCUGAGCGAGCAUGCGAGCAAGAAGCGAAGAGCAUUCACGAGUCCCGUUAAUGUCUGUGUUGGAAUGCGUGCGCGAAAUGAAGGCAAAUCUACAAGGAGAGAGAGAGAUUGCUUGUGAGUGAACUGAGGUCCACGAUUGCGCAUCAUGUAACUUAAUGACUGCACAAGGAAUCGAACGCGCAGCUGUGAGUGUGAGGUGCGCGACGCGUGAGUGUGAGGCAUCCGUCUGGUUCAGGAGGCCGCGUAUGCGAGGUAUUUGCUUGAGUUUGUUCGCUCGACAGACAGAUUGAUUCCUCCUCCGCGUCGUUGUCAUCGUGCGUCAUGGCGUCGUUCCUGACGAGAUGAUGUCUUUAAGACCAGCACAUUCGCUUUGAAAAAGAUAGAUAGAUAGAUAGAUAGAUAGAUAGAUAGAGAGAGGCAGAGAGAGAGAGGUGGUCACGUACCUAUGUGAAUCGGCUCUUUUGUAGGAAAUAGACGGACGAGCGAUCGAGACAGUGGGGGGGAGUAUACGACGCGCAUCGAUGUGGUAACAGAACUGCGGAGGUGAAACAGAGGCUCCUCCUCCUUAGCUGUAAUCGACGGGUAAGAGCAGAUUCACACCCAGCCGCACAAUUUCCGAGGGGUAGGUAGCCCAGAUUGCCACCCAGCCGCACAAUACCCGAGGGGUAGGUAGCCCUAUUAAAGCUGGGUUUUUCGAGGUUGCGGAUCUGAGCAUUUUGUGUUUUUGUUGGACAUAGAACCAAUUAAGCGUCAAUUACAGUAAUAGCGAGAAGACACUUGGCAAUUAUAGCGAAGUGCCCGUCAUUCCAUCUACCCAUUUAUGGACUUGAGCAAUCGAUCGGUUGAUUGGAUUCUCAGGUGAGAUCUUUGAAGAAGAUCGUCGAGAGUGAAUAUCGUUUCAAGAGCGAGUACCAUUUCUUUGAGAGGCUAAUCUUAUCCUUCACGGUUUCUCUGCUGUUGCGGUCUGAGGAGAAGGGGAGGGGGGGAGGGUUUUGCGGGCGGAAGGGAAGGGGGGGUCUAUGAACUGGGGGGCUACGUUUAAGGAAGGGCAAGGAGGAAAAUUUCUCUCCCUCCCAGAAGGAGAAAGGGACUGGCAGGUAAUUUUGCUCCCUAUCCGCUCAUAGGAGUCCAGAUACCGACUGUGAAUUCGGUUGUGAAAAACAAGCGUUUCCAGAGGAGGGACGGGAUCCCUCUUUAGAUUGCGUUUCAGUGCAUCUUUGAAAGAGCGCUGUUGAACAAAGUCACACACACACACACACACACACACACACACACACACACACACACACACACACACGGAGAAGGAGGGAGAUUUUUUUCUCCUGUUAAGUAAUGUCAAAGUAGGGGCGGCAAUUUAGACGCUGCGCUGUCACGAGUUGGCUGACGGCGGAGUGUUCACCCCCUAGUCCGCCGCUCUUUUGGUGCAGUUUCUUGUUCUCGUCGUCUUAAUCCGCUCCGCUCUAGAUGAGCCGAAACGCACACUCGUGUGGGGUGGAAAUCUACGCCGGCGGAGUGUUCAAAACGGCACACACACGACGCGAGCGGCUCGAAGGGAGGAUGUUUAUGCUCGAUGGAUCGCCCAAGUCGAUGAGGUGUGAUACACUUGUCCGGGGUGGUAAGGAGUUAGACCCUCUUCCUUGACGUUUAUUGAACCUGGAAUCCUCUCUAACCUCUCUUUCUGCCUCUCUCUGCUUCUUUUCUCCUUUUCAUUCUCUCUCCCUUCCUCUCUCCUCUCCCGCCAUCUCGUCUCUGCUUUCGUCGUUUUCCACAAUGUUUCUCGAAUUGUUGUUGACGUAAGGGGGCGGGGAUCAACGGUUGGUUUGACACACGAGGUGGGAAGAGGAGAGCAAAGGUGGGUGAUUGUUACCUUGUGACAUUCUCCUCCUCCUCCUCAUCAUCAUCAUCAUCCUCAUCCUCAUCCUCAUCCUCAUCCUCAUCAUCAUCGAGAGCACAUCCCGACUCCGUAUAGCGGUAGGCGGACGAGUCAGCCGUGGAAGCGUGUCUCUCUUCCGCCAUCGCGAUUUACGUGCACCUCCUCUCUUCUGUUGGGGCAUCUGGGUCUCGCAGAAUUGGUCGUCAAAAUCGAAGUCUAAGUCUUGGGUCAUCAUCGCGAUCUAUCGGGCUUGUGGUCGCCGCGUGUCAUCGUCCGAGGGAGUCGGUUUUCGUAUUUCGUUGUGUUUUUUCCCUUUUGGGGGGGGGGGUGGGGGGGGGGUAAACUGAGAAAGUGGGCUCCUUUGAUUACCCCCAAAAAAUUGGGCCCUUGGGUGAGUGUACUAGUUUGGGGGUCGCGAUGUGCCAGAUGAUGUCUAGACGGCGGGUGGCAUCGGUGUACGAGAUAAAUGCGGAUGGGGAGAGGCUGAUCAUAGUGAAGCGCGGGGGGCUGAAAACGGCGCGGCGGGAGUGUAGGGGAGCACGGCAUGGGACCGCGCAUGAGGGAGAAGGGGGAGGGAGUAAUGAUCUCGCGUCUUCCCCCCACCACCAUACCUCUCUCUCGCCGAUUAGCGAGCCAGUCUCUGGAACUCCACAGCUGCUGGAAGUAAUCAGUGAACCCGAGAGUGGGUCUUCCUGCGAAGCGGUGAAGGAAGAGAGAAUCGAUGUGGAACCGCUGCUGCGAGGGUUGAUGUCUUGCGAGUCGGCCAAUAUCGUCGGUCAGUUUCUAAUUACAAAACCGGUGAUGGAAGAGAGGAUUUCAGAUAAGGACGGCGGCAGGCAGUGCAGGGAGUGCGGGCGACGAGAGCGAGACGGGAAAAUGGGGAGAGGAGGAGGAGCAGGAGGAGGUGGAGGUGGUGGAGGUGGUGGUGGUGGAGGUGGUAUCGAGGUGUGCUCGGUAGGGGAUGUUGUUGAGGAGAGGGAAGCAAGAGAGGGGGAAACGGGAGCAGUGGUUGAAAAGAGCGAGGAGGGGGAGGAGGUUGGCGUGAGGGUUUUGCGCGAGGGGAAUGGAAGGUGUAGCGCAUAUGAACGAAGAGGUAGAUGCAGAGGGGGAAAGGAGGAGACGGAGGAGGAGGAGGAGGAGGAGAAGAUGGCAGUGGUAGAGAGAGAAUCGCCGCGGGAUUUUGAUGUAGCAGAGAGGCAAGAGGUUGAAAGGACUCAAGAGGAGCUCGGUGGCAGGGGCAAGAUGGUCGCCAAUUUAGCCCAUGGCGGGAAAUUUAGCCUGAUGGCGGGAGAAGCGGAUCAUGGCGGGAAAUUUAGCCUGAUGGCGGGAGAAAGGGAUCAUGGCGGGAAAUUUAGCCUGAUGGCGGGAGAAGGGGGUCAUGGCAACGGAGUAUCUGUGGGGGAUGAUAUGCUGCGCGAUAUUGGCAAUCCCGAAGCGCAUCAUGGGUACGGUGCGAGGACCAGUAAGGUGUACUUGAGCGGCGCGAGCGGCGGACCGUCGGGCAGUGAUGAAGGGUCUCUGCCGUCGUCAAUUCGUCAAAAUGAGCGAGCAAUCGAGGCGUUCAGGGCUCAUAUGAAGGAAAAAGCGAUGCGGGGUCCUCCUUAUGCAUGUCGGAGCAGAAGUGGUUUUCAAGGGCAAUAUGCAUCAAGGAUUCCGUUGAAGGAAGCUUUUCAUUCGAGCUUGCUUUCUGAGAGAAACUCGUCAGAUGCUUGGAGAUCACCACCUACGCUGGGGGAGCCAUUGACACCUGCAAUGGUCAUCCGGUCUCACUCAUCAUCUCUGACAGACUUUGAGAAGAGUGAGAUAUCAAGGUACCAUCACGUCUACUACUUCGCUCCAAAAGCGGACAAGUUUCGGCCUUGUCCAAUGCCUGGUGUGUCCAACUUCGGGUUUGAUGACAUGCAUGGUGAUUACCGCGUCGUGGUUGGUGACCAUCUUGCGUAUCGGUACGAAGUGUUGUCAGUGCUUGGAAAUGGAAGUUUUGGACAAGUCCUGAAGUGUGCUGACCAUAAAACAAAUAGCAUUCGUGCUGUUAAGGUUAUCCGAAACAAGAAGCGGUUCCAUCAUCAGGCAUUGGUCGAGGUCAGGAUUCUCGACCAUCUCAGAAGAAAGCAACUGGAGGAGCCAGAGCGGUGCAACAUUGUGCACAUGUAUGACAGCUUUUACUUCCGUGGCCAUCUUUGCAUAUCGUUCGAGCUGCAUUCCCUAAGCUUGUAUGAUUACAUGAAGAAGAACAAUUUCCAGGGCCUUAGCCUGAGCGUGAUCAGGCGCAUCGCAGUUCAGCUGCUGAAGUCGCUGAAAUUUCUGCGGAAGCUGGGGAUAAUCCACUGCGACUUGAAGCCAGAAAAUGUUCUCCUUAAAAGUCCAACGAAGUCCACCAUCAAGCUCAUUGAUUUUGGCAGCAGCUGCUUCGAGGAAGAGAGAGUGUUCACUUAUGUCCAGAGCCGCUUCUACCGCUCGCCGGAGGUCAUCCUUGGUUUACCAUAUGAUACAAUGAUCGACAUGUGGAGCUUGGGAUGCCUGUUGGCUGAAUUGUACACAGGCAAUCCAUUGUUCCCAGGCGGAAAUGAGACGGAUCAACUUGGCCGCAUGAUGGAGGUCUUUGGGCUCCCGCCGUCGCAUCUGCUCGAGGCGUCGACUCGCAAAAACUUGUUUUUUGACACUGCAGACAACCCCCGCCCAGUGCUAGAUGCAUGGGGAAGGCAGCGGUAUCCAGAUUCUAAAGAUCUUUCAGCUGUCCUACGAUGUGGGGAUCCUUCCUUCCUGGACUUUUUGGAGGGGUGCAUGAAGUGGGACAGCAGGGAGCGAUGGACCCCAGAGGAGGCCCUGCAGCACCAGUGGGUACUUGAGGGAAUGGCGCGGUCGUCAGUACAGAACACCCAGUCGUUGCGCCUGCGCAAAGCUCCAUAUGAUCUGUCAGCAAGGGGAUCCUGCUCCUCCAAAUACUUCAUGUCGGACACUCGAGACGACGUUGAAGGCCGGCCGCAUCACGGACGAAUCAUCCGCCUGUGAAGGCCUCGUCGCAGUCUGCAUCUUCUUUGUACAAAUCCUCUCUGUGAAGGAGGUGCCAGGCGUGCAUGCUUGGGCUUUCUCUUUCAGUCUCUGUUGAUGCUCAUGAAAGUUUUAAUGUUCUCGUGACAACUAGUAUACGAAUCAAAGAAAUAUUCCCACGGUUUACGUGGUGAUAGUGGUAGAAACGGCGUAUACGAACGUCGUGUAUACAUAGUAUACAGUAGUGUCUCACAAUUCUUAGAACUUCCGAUAUGGUGUGAGGGUGUUCAUAACCCUCUCUUCGUCGAUCAUACCAACAUCUCCAUCCUUGUUCCCCUCCUCCCUCCUCCCCCGCUCCCCCCCCUCUUCCCCCCCUCAUCGAUCCUUGUUAUGUCUCCGCCUCCAGUAUCUGUGUGUCUGGCAUCUCUGUUCUUGUUGGUGCUAUCACUGGGCUGUAGUAGGGUAUUUAGUCGGCUCAUGGAUUGGGAGGAUGGGCUUGUAGUAGGGUUGGGUGCACGGGUGGGAUUUUAAUGAUUUGGACGCAGGGAAGGGGGAGCAAGCAUAACUCACAGCUAGGAAAUGGAAACGAGUUAUCUGACCCCUUUUAAUGCCUGCCUACAUACAUGCAGACUACCCUCUCUACCGCUGAAUAGACGAGUGUUGGCUACUGAUGAGCUAACUGAGAGGCUGGCGUUAGGGUUCUCGCCAAGAUAACCAAGCAUAGGUCUGUUGGUGCUGCAAGAAACUGUUCUAGAGGUGGGUAGGUGUUGUUUUAACCUCUUAUAUUUUUUUGUAAGUGGUGAGCUUAAUGCGAGACUAACAUCGGGUUGGCUAAUAAGGUCACCAAGGCAUACUGUUGUAACAUUUGCCAUUGUCCCGUUCCUUCCUCUAUCGGAAACCUUUCCCUGCUGCCCCUCCCCCUCCCGGGCCUCCCCCUCCCCCUCCCCCUAACCCCUGGCCGCCCCGGCCCAACUUCCCUCCAUCCUAUCGCCUGUUGACUGGAGUGUGCGCUGAGGUUUCUUUACAAUUGAAUUGUGAGACCGACUGGCUUUGUAGGUAGAAGUAGGAGGAGGAAGUGGGCAAAUUGGUGUGACAAGUGUGGCAUAUUUGUUGCUCUAAUUCUUUUGAGCAUCGUAUAACUUGUGAGUGGCGAAUCCCCAGUUGAUUUGUUGCAGGCGUACCUCUGUCCGAGGUAGGUCUGACUCUGUACCUCUGUCCGAGGUAGGUCUGACUCUGUACCUAUGUGAUUUUUUUUCAGCUGAAGGGGUGUUGAGCCGAAGUCUGGUCUCUCUGCUCUCAGUGCUCGCGGCCAUGGCGGAGGUCAGUGGCUCGAACUCGGUAAACGACAUCGACAUGAAUGAUGUUGACUGCAGGAGGGUGUGUUGGCCGAGUUCGUGCUUUUUGUUUCUUUGAUAAACAUGCCAGACGUGUUUUCUUGUGAAAAAACUUAUUUUUCGCCAUCCUUUUCUUCCCAGGUUUCCCUGUUAAGCUCCUCGGCUCCCCAUCGAGAAGACUCUGCGGCGAGAUUGUUUGAGUUCUCAGAGUGCGCUUCCUAGCGUUUCUUCGAAGCGAGGAGAGCCUUUGCCGGGUUGCCAGAUGUAAGGUAGCCUCCUCUCUGCACAGAAAAGGAUGUCCCAAGGUCCCUUUCUUGUCCCAGAAAAGGAUGUCCCAAGGUCCCUCUCUUGUCCGAGAACUGGAUGUCCCAGACGUAAACCAUAUGCAUGAAGGAGUCCUCGUCGGUAUUAACUUGGAAGUUUGAACUGGUAUGGGUCUAUUGAGUCCUUGUCGGUUUCCCGUUUCUUGUCGCUGUUGGCGUCUACUUCGACGACCGUUGUGACGAAGUGUGCACACUGCACACCUACGAACGAUCGAUGAUCGAGAAAGCUGGAGUGAGUACAGUCUGGAUUCUUUUUUUUUUUUUUUUUUUUAAACAGGGCCUUAUGGUCCUGGCUCCGUUCUAUUCUGGAGUGAGUACGGUCUGGAUUCUCUGUCAUGUUCAUGUGCAAGUUGCGGUAGGGAGAGUGUAGGCCAAGGACCUCCUUCUGUAAAUUACUGAUCGCAGUUUUUUCGUUCUUGGUCCUUGCUCUUCCGGCACGUAUGGCGUGUCCUUGUAGGAGCGCAGCCUGAAGCUUCGGUCCUGCUUUGCCUUGUCUGUUCCUUUUCCUUUUGUCUUCCAUCUCUGUCUGAUGAUGAGAGUUUGAAAUUUGGACUUGUGAUCUUUUCGUGUUAUGAUAGGAAGGCGGUUGGUGAUAGAGUCUGUGGAGUAGAAGUUCCGCUGUGAAGUGUGGCGUUCUUCUUGCCGGAGGGAGAGUGCGCGCAUAAUUCACACAUCCCUCUGUUACGCGGAGGGGCCGAUCGCGUGUUAACAGUAUGAAAUAAGUCCACUUCCAUGUUGGAGGAAUUUUACACGUAUCUCAACGCCGUUAGUAGCGAUAUCGAUAAAAAAAAAAAGAUAGUUUACCAAUUAGUAGUGUGCACUCGUGCUCAUCGAUGCGUCAAGAAUCGGUGUUUAAUAAUCGAGUCUACUUCCAACGUACCUCGAGUAUACGGACGACUGGUUGCAUGUAGUGGGAGUUUACUCGUUACGGCAUCUAGCUUUGGUGCAUUGGCUGGCAACGAGUCGUUAAGGUCGUUCGUCGUUGCGGGAUCUUUGCAAUGCGUCACUGACACUUUUAUUAAAAGUUUUUAUGUUCAAUAAGAUUUAUUAAGGAGUGCAGUUGUGGAACGGUUCAGUCGACGGGACGGUACUGCCUCAGAGUCGUCGUUAGCAACGCUGUCAGUCUUUUUUUUUAUGUUUCUGGAAUCGCUUCCGUGAUAUUCUACGUCGUCUCCUCUCAGGGGUAGCAGAGAUUGAUUGUUCCUCCAGCACCUGUCUGUUUCCUAUCACCGGUAUAUUAGGCUCUGAUGGGCCGAAAACAGUAGAGCUGUGGGUUGUGUGGAGUUUUUGAUGCCCUUGGGUCACUAGGUGGAGGGGACUUGUUAAAGGACACGUGUCAGAGUGAGCUUUCAUGUCUCGUACGUGAUUGUGAACGCAUGGGUGGGCAGUUAUAGGGUAAAAGGUGUCUGCGCUCGUACAGCUUGCAGAUUUAUUUUCAAAUAAAUGUCUGCCCACUCU